GGGCAAAAGCUACAAUGGAACUCAUGCUCGUCUCCUCCUCAUCCUUCAAGCAUUCUCUCUUCUCCACCACCCCAUAUAGUAGUUCCCUAAGGUCCUCACGAGCUCUCGUGAUUAAUUGUUGCCACUCUCCAAAGCCUAGGAAAUCGGGCAAAGAUGUGGUAAUAAGGGGCAGUGUGCAGUAUCAGGAGAAGCUGGAGGUGUUGAAGUCGAUGGAGGGGUGGGUGGAGGACAACAUCUUGACCCUCCUCAAGCCCGUCGAGAGCUCGUGGCAGCCGCAGGACUUCCUCCCGGACUCCUCGUCAUCGUCGGCGGAGGAAUUCUUCGACGCCGUGCGAGAGCUCAGGGAGCGGGCGGCGGGGAUCCCCGACGAGUACUACGUGUGCCUGGUGGGCAACAUGGUGACGGAGGAGGCGCUGCCGAUGUACCAGAGCAUGGCGAACAGGUUCGACGGGGCAAACGACGAGACAGGGGCCAGCGCCACCUCGUGGGCGCAGUGGAACCGGGGCUGGUCCGCCGAGGAGAACCGACACGGCGACGUGCUCACCCGCUACCUCUACCUCAGCGGCAGGCUGGAUAUGCGCCAGGUCGAGAGAACCAUUCAGCACCUCAUCGGUUCAGGAAUGAUACUGCAAGAAGCGCACGAUGCCUACCGGGGCUUCGUGUUCACGUCGUUCCAGGAGAGGGCGACGUUCGUGUCGCACGGCAACACGGCGCGGCACGCCAAGGAGCACGGCGACGCCACCCUGGCCAGGAUCUGCGGGCUCAUCGCGGCCGACGAGCGGCGCCACGAGACAGCCUACACGAGGAUCGUGGCGAAGCUGUUCGAGCUCGACCCCGACAACGCCGUGCGCGCAUUCGCCGGCAUGAUGAGGGAGAGCGUCACGAUGCCGGGGCUCCUCAUGUUCGACGGCCGCGACCGCGACCUCUUCGGGCACUACUCUGCGGUGGCGCAGCGGCUCGGGGUGUACACGGCCGGGGACUAUGCGGACAUCGUGGAGCACUUCGUGAAGAGGUGGCGGGUGGAGGAUGUGGGGCCGGGGUUGACCGGGGAGGGGAGGCGGGCGCAGGACUAUGUAUGCGGCCUCCCGCAGAGAAUCAGGAAAAUGGUGGAGAGGGCGCAGGAAAGGAGCGCACGGGAGUCGCGGUUGCUUCCCUUCAGUUGGAUUUUUAACAGAGAAGUCCUCGUGUGAAAUCUAUUUUCCAUUUCCCUCCUGCAUUGUUAUUUUCCUACUAGAGCAUAAAAGGGUUGGAUGGUUUUUCAGAAAAAGUGUCUAAAAAAUAUUUUUGGAGAAAAAAAAUUUUAUCGGAAUUUUUUUUUUUUCAGCUUCGCGUCUAUUUGGUUUUUUAAAAAAACAAAAUUAGCUUUUUUGUUUUCAAAUUUUAUGAAAAAACAGUGUUCUUGUUUUCCUUUUUUUUUCCUAAAAUAAUGAAAACACUAGUUUUUCAUAAUAUCCGGAAACAAGCUAUUUCAAAAAGUUAGUUUUUUUAAACAAAAAGAAAAGAAAGCUGAAAAGAAAUUUCUUAUAAAAUUUUUUUUCUGGCAUAAAAAUUUUUUACACUUUUUUGAGAAACCAAACAUCCCCUAAAUUAUUGUCCCUUUUUUUUAUUCGUGUGAAAGUAAUUUACCCUUUGGAUUGUCAAGUUAUAGGAUUAUUAUCUUUUUUAGAUUGUAAUUCUAGUAUUUCUCUGAGAAUAAAUGCGUUAAAAAAGUGAUGAUUG